AACAAAUGCAUGUCUAAUAUCCAGUCUUCUACUAUUUGUAGUCAAUGGUAUAAGACUGUAUUUAUAAACACAUGAAAUUUGUAAAGAAAAAUGAUCGAAACAGAAAAUAUUGAAGAUCAAAAUGGAUUACGUCCAGAUGGUAGACGAGCAUUAGAAUUAAGGCAAAUUCGUGUAAAAAUGGGAGUUUUCGGUCAAGCUGAUGGAAGUGCUUAUAUCGAACAGGGUAACACCAAAAUUUUGGUUACAGUAUAUGGACCGCAUCAGCCACGAGGUUCUACAGGAAGGAAUACCGGAAAAGUUACUAAAGGCAUAGUAAAUUGUCAAUAUAGUAUGGCAGUAUUCAGUUUAUCUUCUGGAGAACGUAAACGAAAACCACGUGGUGAUAGAAAAUCCCAAGAAAAAUCACUUCAAUUAAAACAUGCCAUGGAAGCAAUAAUACAUUUAGAAUUAUAUCCACGUUCACAAAUAGAUAUUUAUGUAGAAGUAUUACAAGUUGAUGGAAGUGAAUACUGUGCAUCUAUAAAUGCAGCUACACUUGCUUUGAUUGAUGCUGGAAUUCCUAUUAAGAAUUAUGCUAUAGGUUGUACUGUAACAUUAACUAAUUCUUCAUCUUUAGAAAAUGAAGAUAGUUCAUUAGGAACAGGAGUAUUAGAUGCAAAUUAUAUAGAAGAAUGUGCUCCUGGUGUUACAUUAUCUGUUAUUGCUUUACCCCAUAGUGAUGGUGUAUCAAGGGAUGGCUUAAUAGUAGUAGCACAAGGAGCAGGACAAAGGUUGCAUUUAUCACAUUUUGAAUCUUUAAAAGAUCGUGUGUUAUAUGGAUGUCAGGAUAUAAAAACUAUUUUAGAUCAAGCAGUUAGACAUUAUUUAACAGAGCAGUCUCUCCCUUCUCUUUUUCAUGCCACACUAGAUUAGAAAUAUUGGUAAAAAUUGAACACUAAAGUAUCCUAAAAUAAUAUACUUCAAUUUUUUUUUUUAAUAAAGAUAUACAAAACUUAUUAAAAUAUCUUUCAUUAUAUAACUUAACUAUAUUUUUUUAUAUAAAUAGUUCUCUUGUUCGAUAUCUUGUCUUUGUUACUUUUUAAGUUUUAAACUUUAGCUCCAGGAUACCUUUCCAUAAUCAUACCUACACCCUGUAAUUUAUAUACUUGGUAAAAUAUUUAAUGCAACUUAAACAAAAAA